AUGGGUGAUAAGGCCCACAGAGCGCUAAGGAUCAAAAGGUCUGAAGGAGCCAGUCCCUGUGACGUCAUUAUCCACUUUACUACUACUACCACCAAGGAGGCUAUUGUGAAAUAUAGCAGGGACAAUACACUGCAGUACGGGAAUACGGAAAUUACUAUAUACCAGGAUCUAUAUCCAGCAACCUUACAGCGUCGAAAGGAAUGGAAACCAAUAGCGGAACUGCUGCAUCAGAACGACAUUCGUUACACCUGGGGUCACCACUUCAAAUUGAUGGCCUUCCAAGCUGGUAAGUCCCACACUUUAUUACCGGGAGAGGAGCCAGACCCCUUCCUUUGA